CAGAGGAACCCGCGGCGUCUCCCGCAAACGUCCACUCUCUUCUUCGUGCUCCUGGCGUCUGCCACUUAAAGAUUCAGGCUUGAGUUCUGCCCUCCCACCCCCACCCUGUCCUGACAUUCGCGAAGACCCGGCCCCUAAGUCAAGGAUGAACCUGGAGCGGGUAUCCAAUGAGGAGAAGUUGAACCUAUGCCGGAAGUACUACCUGGGAGGGUUCGCUUUCCUGCCUUUUCUCUGGCUGGUCAACAUUUUCUGGUUCUUCCGAGAGGCCUUCCUUGCCCCGGCCUACACCGAGCAGAGCCAGAUCAAAGGCUAUGUCUGGCGUUCGGCCGUGGGCUUCCUCUUCUGGGUAAUCGCGCUCACCACCUGGAUCACCAUCUUUCAAAUCUAUCGGCCCCGCUGGGGUGCCCUUGGGGACUAUCUCUCCUUCACCAUCCCCCUGGGCACUCCCUGACGGCUCCUGUGCAGGCUGAACACCUGCUGGGCACCUGCUUAGUCCUGCGGGAUGAACUGCUCUGCUCUCAGCGCAGCUCCAGCCCCCACACUUGCUUCCCUCUCCCGUGUUCUCUUUUGACACCCUUCCCUCAUCCCCCAAUAAAAUACACCAGUCUUC